GUGGAGGUGCCGAGGGGAAAGAGCCAGCACUCAGGGGGGUGGCAGCACCAGUGGUGGGCCCAGGCCCAGCAGCGAGUGCACUGACAGUGGGCAGCCAGCCUACGGCUGCUGGAGAGGUUCCACUGAGCAGUGAAUCCUCGGCAAACAAGAGAGGAGAGCACAUGCCACGCGGCUGCUGCUGCACAGGACUGGAACGCCCCAUGCCAGCACAGUCAAGCUUCUGUGCUGGGUUGGAGUGCCUCGCACCGCCCCAAGCUGCCAUGUUGGGCAAUCGCCUCAGGGCCUCGUUGCUGUGCCAUGUGGCCCCCGGGACUGCCUCCUCACCCCUCACGCCAGAGCCGACCACGCCCCUCGUCACCAUGGAAAUGCCCAGACCACCCCUACCCAGAGCUGAUUGGCUUGGCUGCCAAGCCAUGCCAACAGCCCCACCUCUGAUGGCCACGCCUGCCUCCUGCUGCCACACAGGGGUGGGCCCCAAUGAGAUGUCACUACACGUGCCCGGAUGCCAAGCCUACGUCACUUCUGGAAAUGCACCGGAAUCAGGAAAUACCAACACCAGGGCACCGGACCCCACUCCUGCUCCCGACUUCAGCCCUGGUCCUGCUGUUGCCACAGCCUCUGCAGCCUCAUCGCAUCUGCAACCAAGAAUGGAACAGCCCCAGGGAACCACAUCACUGAUGGACACACAAGACACUCACAGAGGGAACACAAGUCUCCACCCUGCUGCCAACCCUCGAGAGGAAGCACUUGCAGUAGUGCCAGCAUCAGCUCCAUCCCCAUCGCUGUUCAGAUCAGCUGCCAUCCCCACUCACGACCCGGCUAUCUUCUGGAUGGAGUCUUGUGUCCCCAAAGCAGAUUAUAGGGGGCAAAGAGGCCAAGGCUUCGGAUCAACAGGAUAGCCCUAGGUGUACUGGACUAAGGUCAUGGGUGAUCAAAGACCUAAUAUGAAUUGUACUGUUAUGAUGCCUAAAGCAAAGCCUUUGCAGAUAAAGGUCAGUGGGAUGAUUGAUACAGGGACAGAUGUCACCAUCAUCUCUACCAACAUAUGGCCUUCAUUGUGGCCUACCACACCAGCAGGAUCUGCCAUUGCUGUCAUUGGAGGGACCACACAGAGCUACUUGAGGAGCAAUCCUAUGUAGAUUAAAAAUCAUGAAGGCCAAACAGCUACAACUCGACCAAACAUCACUGCUACUCCACUAAACCUAUGGGAGAGGGAUGUCCUAUCUGCAUGGGGAGUCCAGGUGGUGAUGGAUUUUUUUAACAGGAGGCAGUGUAUUAAAGGACGUAAGGUGUCCCACACUAGCUCUGAAGUGUCUCAUUACUCAGCCUGUGUGGAUACCACAGUGGUCUCUUGAAAAGAGAAACUAGACUCUCUCAAAAUCCUGGUUACAGGAACAACUGGUUCAAGUACACAUAGAGCCAUCUAUGAGCCCUUGGAACACUGGUAUUUGUCAUAAAAAAGAAAUCUGGCAAGUGGAGGUUACUCCAUGACCUGAGAAAAAUUAAUUAUGUAAUGGAAAGCAUGGGUACUUUGCAACCUGGUAUGCCAUUUCCUACAAUGAUACUUGCCUCCUGGGGCAUUCUGAUUGUGGACUUGAAAGAUUGUUUUUACACUAUUCCAUUGCACCCAGACAAUACCCCAAAGUUUGCUUUUACAGUGCCUUCCAUUAAUAAUGCUGCACCAGUGCAAUGUUAUCAAUGGCGUGUUCUUCCCCAAGGCAUGAAGAACAGUCCUAUGAUCUGUCAGUGGUAUGUUGCAUAGGCACUCUCAUCCAUGAGAGAACAAUUUCCAGGGGCAUACUGUUACCAUUAUAUGGACAAUAUUUUGAUAGCAACCCAAACAAAAGAAGAACUCUCACAGAUUCAGCCAAGCCUGUUGCAAGCAUUGAAAACAUUUGGGCUGCAGGAGAAGAUGCAGCAGCAAGCACCCUGGAAAUAUUUGAGACUCAAAAUAAUGAAAACUAUUCAGUUUUCAACUAAGAUUCAAACUCUAAAUAAUGCACAGAAACUUAUGGGUACUAUCAACUGGGUCAGACCAUAUCUAGGAUUAACCAACUCAGAAUUAGCACCUUUAUUUGACCUCCUAAAAGGUGAUCCUGAGUUAACUUCUCCCAGAAAAUUAAAUUCAGAGGCAAAAGCUACUCUCAAAACAGUAGAGCAAGCUAUAACAGACAGACAAGUCCACCGGAUAUGCUCAGAGGAAAAGAAAUCUAAGAUAUAUAUUGAGGGGGAAAAAAGAUGGAUUCACAAGAUUGUGUCCCAACAAAUUCAAAGCAAGAUAUGAGCCAUCACAUAAAGGGUAACUCUGGUAAACAUUACCUUUGUGGCUAUUGUGCAGCCUUCACCAAUAUAGUAGUCACCUUUCCCAUCCAGAAGGUCCUCUUUCGACAGCAGUUGUAUGGCUUGAAAACAAAGGAUGCAGUACAUCAGCUGCAGAAAGAUGGAAUUCGAAAUCUCUAUCGUGGAAUCCUUCCUCCAUUAAUGCAAAAAACAACUACCCUGGCUCUAAUGUUUGGCUUGUAUGAAGAUUUCUCCUCCUUGCUCCAUAGUCACACAAGUGCACCUGAACUUCUAACUUGCAGCAUGGCAGCAGUGCUUGCAGGGACCACAGAAGCCCUUCUUACACCUUUUGAACGAGUCCAGACUUUGCUUCAAGACUACAAACAUCAUGACAAAUUUACAAACACUUACCAGGCUUUCAGGGUACUAAAAGUCUAUGGGAUUAGAGAAUAUUAUAGGGGUCUGGUGCCAAUCCUGCUCCGGAAUGGAACCAGCAAUAUCCUCUUCUUUGGCCUACGAGGACCUAUCAAACAGUGUCUGCCUGAAGCAACUUCUUAUAGCGCUCACUUGGUCAAUGACUUUAUCUGUGGCGGACUGUUGGGUGCCAUGCUGGGAUCCUUAUUUUUCCCAAUGAAUGUUGUAAAAACUCGCAUGCAAUCUCAAAUUGGUGGCGAAUUUCAGUCUUUUUCAAAAGUUUUUGUAACAAUAUGGCUAGAACGUGAUAAAAAAUUGAUGCAUCUUUUCAGAGGAGUCCAUCUGAAUUACCAUCGUUCUGUCCUGUCUUGGGGCAUAAUCAAUGCAACAUAUGAAUUCUUGCUAAAGCUAUUAUAAAAAAUGUUACCUUCCUUUGAAGCACCACUAUUCACUUGGGUAUUUGUACAUUUCAGGUCACUUUGUCUCUGAAAAUAGGUUAAUUUAUGGAUUUUUUUGUGAAUAAUGUGGACUACCAUGAAACUUGGAGACAAUUCAAAGCAAAUUCUCACAAUAAUCAAAUUUUA